UCUCAACCUCACUUUAUCACUUCUCCAAGUUCUAAUAUUUUCAUAUCUACACAUUUGCUUUCAGCUUCACAUAUCCAAUAUGAGGUUUCAUAUUCUUCCCAUUCUUACCUUUCUCGUGGUUACGCUUGUGGCAGCUAAUGCUUCAUUGCCUCCUCAACUUUAUUGGAAGUCGAUGCUUCCCACCACACCAAUGCCCAAAGCCAUCACCAGUUUGCUACACUCCGAUUGGGCAGAGAAAGCCACCUCUGUAGAUGUAGGGAACGGUGGUGUAAACGUUGGUGUAGAAAGGGGAUACCAAGGGGGUGGCACUGAUGUUAAUGUUGGUAAUGGAGAUGGAGGAGUUAAUGUGAAUAGAGGACAAAAAGGGAAACCAGUUCAUGUUGGAGUGGGGCAAUAUAGCCCAUUUGAUUAUGUUUAUGCAGCCAGUGAGACCCAAUUGCAUGAUGACCCCAAUGUAGCACUUUUCUUCUUGGAAAAGGACUUGCAUAGUGGAAAAAAAUUGAACUUGCACUUCACUAAGACCUCAAAUUCAGCCACAUUCUUGCCUCGCCAAGUUGCUGAUUCCAUACCCUUUUCAUCAAAAAAGGUGGAUGACGUAUUCACCAAGUUCUCUAUCAAGCCAGACUCAAAUGAGGGUCAGACUGUGAAGAACACCAUCAAUGAGUGUGAAGGGCCUAGCAUUAGAGGAGAGGAAAAGGGUUGUGUGACUUCACUUGAGUCAAUGGUUGAUUUCAGCACUUCCAAGCUUGGAAACAAUGUUGAAGCUGUUUCCACAGAAGUGAACAAGGAAAGUGAGUUGCAACAAUACACAAUAGCAAAAGGGGUGAAGAAAUUGGGUGAGAACAAAGCUGUUGUAUGCCACAAGCAGAGUUACCCAUAUGCAGUGUUUUAUUGUCACAAAUCAGAUACCACUAAAGCUUAUUCUGUCCCACUGGAGGGUGCUGAUGGAAGCAGAGUCAAAGCUAUUGCAGUGUGCCACACUGACACAUCACAAUGGAACCCCAAACAUUUGGCCUUCCUAGUUCUCAAAGUUAGGCCAGGAGCUGUUCCUGUCUGCCACUUCCUCCCUGAGGAUCAUGUUGUCUUUGUUCCCAAGUAGAAAUACACGAAUCACGCUUGUGAAGUUCAUGAAUAAUUAGGCAGUUUUAUUACCAUAGAAAUGAUCUAUAAAACUGAAUCCUAGUACUUGUAUUAUGUUUUCUAAAUUCCCACCUCAUUUGUUUUUACCUAGUGUAGUUUUAGGCAUGCUAUAUUUGCUGAUGGAUUACAUGUGUGCUGAUAUUAUAGUGAAGCCUUUUCA